AUGAGGCGGAGGCGGGCGUUGGGCGGGAAGGGACUACUGCUGUUGUACCUCCUGCUUGCCCUCAAGGGCCGAGUAGCAGCGGCGACUCGGAAGCAGGUUCAGAUUCGCCGAACCUUCUUCGGAACUACACGAUGGAGACAAACGUCAUACUGCAAGAGCCGGCACAGGGCGUUCCCCAAGAUGGAGCCAGCAGCGACAACGCUAGGGGUCCGGUCAUGGGGGUUCUACACGACGAAGAAUCGGGUAGCGAGGGAUCGGAUGGGGGCUCGGAGUCGCCCGACCUACUUCGGAGGCCAGCAAGCUACCUCAGCGCCACCAGAACCUCCUCCUCAAGAAACCAACCAGCCGUACUCCUGCGGCGUUGAGGUGAAGCCAGAGCGACGUGGUGCACAGGAUUCCACUUCGUCGGCCGCCGAACGACUCGACUAUCUCGCGACCCGCACACGGCUUGGAGACAACAGCUUUUCCACAGCGGCUGAACGGGAAAGGAGGGAUGCUGCUGCGGAAGGAAGCGCGUUGUCGGAUAAGACAGGGUUGGAGGGUGGGACUGGGACGCGGCCGAAAUAUAACCCGCCUCUGGAUAAAGGAUUCGAUUAUGGGGCGGAAGGUAGUGCCGGGAGGGAUGAGGAGAGCGAGACCUCAGCAAUGGCGCCGUCUGGCAUGCCGCCGACCACGGAAUCAACAACUUUGGGGGCAGGGAGUAGACAAGACUCAGCGCGAGACGAGGGUUUCUCGGCAAGGUCACCGAAGUCACCAACAAAAUCGGCGGCAGCGGGGAAUGUGGAUCGAUCAGGGGAUGCCCGCUGCAGCCACGGUUGCCUGGGCCUCCUCAAGGUUGACAAGGUCGGCACCACCGCCGGAAGAAUUCGGUGUUGCGCUGUAGGCAUAACACCGGGAGUAGAUCGAAAGCCUCCCCCGGCGAAAACCAGACCAGCACCAGGGUCAGCCGCAACGGACUCCAGACUUGCGAUUGGUGCGACCUAUUACGGAACCAAAGCCAACAUCCAGGCGAGCGCACCAAAAGGCGUCGGACUGGGAUCAACGAGGAUGCCGAAUCCGUACAAUCUAGCACCAAAGAAGGCGACGACGCGUUUGCCAGAAGACGUGCCUAACCCAUACAACGUUGUGGGCAACUCUUCCCGAGCUCCUGCCCCGCCCGGGAGCACGUCGGCUCGGGUACCAAACCCUUACGAUACUGUUCAGGUAUCUGCCCCCCGGGGGGGGGUGUCAGCUGCCGUGCCCAACCCGCACGACACGAAGCCCAGUAGUUCGAGAGUUUCUGUCCCCCCCGUGCGUGGUUCGGCUGGUCUGUCUACCCCACAAGAUGAUGCUGGGACGACUUCAUCGGUUCCUCCCCAGCCGCGUGCACCAGCUAGCGUGCCCAAUCCGUACGGUACCAUGGGCACCUCUUCGCGACUUCUUCCGGCCCCAGUGGGGCGUGCAACAGCUGUUGUGCCUAAUCCGUACGACAAGGCGGGCACUGCUUCGAGAGGCCCGGCCGCUGCUGUUCCCUCAAAGCAGGACGCGAAGCCUUCCCCUACGAUAAACCCGUGCUCGAGUGGCGACACUCCGAGAGCGCGAAUGGAUUCCGUACGGCGUCAUCAAGAGGCGAGUGGAUCCUCUGCGAUGAAUACCCGCCCGAGUGACACUUCGAGAGCACUUACGGACUCCGUACCGCGUCAGCAAGACGCGAGUGGAUCCUCCUCAGAUGGAAGCUGCAAAACUCCACCGGAGGUCAGGUUCGAGGUAGCGCAUCAACAGCUGUAUAAGAACUCGCGCUCUGGGACGACGGGGAGGGGUGGGAGAGGUCGUGGGAGGGGGAGGGGAAGGGGGAGGGGGUUCGGCAGAGGAGCAAAGCGAGGGUCUACGGCUCCUAGACCUGCCCAGGACGCCCUUGUGGGAGUUUGGCGAAGCAUGCCUGCUAAAAAGAAAGGAGAGAGAGGCACACAGUUCUAUAUUAGUCUGUCUGGGCAGAAGCUGAGCGGAAGGGAGGCUACCAGGGUUGCAGCAGAGGACCAAAAGAGAGUUAAGGAGGGACUUGGACCCGUGACGAAGGAUCGAUCGGCGAUAAUGAGGAUAGGGCAGGGCAAAGAGCCCCCGUCUUGCCAAGAGGCGCACGGUGGCGAGAAGUAUCUUCACGAGGACGCUCUCAAGCUCGGGACGUACAAGAUACCCGAGCAGCUCGUGGAGUCGUACGCUAAAAGCGCACCAACGAGUGGGGGUAAGACGCUGGUGGCAGAGCUGCUUCUCCUUCGGGCCCUCCUUAAGCACAGCGGGACGAUGGCAUUACUGGUGGUGCCGUACGUGGCCUUGGCACUGGAGAAGCGCGAUUACUUGAGAGACGUCUGGUCGCCUUUACAGCUGAACAUCCAAGCUUACCAUGGAGGGGAGGGGGGCGACGGUAGCGACAUGGAAGGCGUGAACGUGGCUAUCUGCACCAUGGAGAAGGCUAACUCCAUCGUCAACAGACUCGCCGAGGAGAAGAGACUCGCUGCCUUGUCAGCGGUAGUGGUGGACGAGAUGCAUCUCAUCGGGGACAGGGCGAGAGGCUUUCUCCUUGAGCUCAUGCUCACCAAGCAGAGGCUCUUGUGCCCCAAUAACGUCCAGCUGAUCUGUCUGAGUGCGACCCUGCCGAACAUCGAAUGCUUGGCCAAGUGGCUAGAUGCCUCGCUGUAUCGAACGGCGUAUCGACCGGUGGAGCUCCGUCAUUUCGUCUGCCAGGGGAGGGCGGUGUACAGGCCAACUCGAAUACGCGGUACCGGGGGGGGAGCGGCGGGGGGAGAUGACGAAGGGACCCUUGAAAAGGUGGUUGGAGGGGACAUCAAAAGGGUCGGAGGAACGUCGCCCAGUGCUGACCCCGAUGGGGUGGUGGAUCUUGUCAAGGAUGCUCUCGCAAGAGAUAUGUCUGUCUUAGUCUUCUGCAGCACCAAGAAAUGGUGCCAACAGACGGCUACCCUGCUCGCGAAGGAGGUUCUGUCCGACCGGAAUCGAGCAGCGGAAGGCGGCAAAGCCACCGAGCGCCGCAGAGGGGCGUCGUCUCCCACCACCGCUGACGACGUCCGAGAGAAGUUGAGGCAGACGCCGGUGGGGCUGGACGCGGACCUAUCGUAUCUGGUGGGCACGGGCAUCGCAUUUCAUCACUCGGGCUUGGUGGUGGAAGAACGAAGCAUCCUCGAGGAGGCCUUUAGGCAGGGAUCGAUCAGAGUUCUCGUUGCGACGUCGACUCUAGCCGCAGGCGUCAACCUUCCUGCUCAUCGAGUUAUCAUACGCUCUCCUUCGGUCGGAAUUGGCCUGCUGGAUUCCACGAGGUAUCACCAGAUGGCAGGUCGCUCUGGACGUGCGGGAGUUUCUAGAGGAGAGGAAGGGGGCAAAGCGGUGCAAGGGGUCGAUACGGCUCGCGGGGAGUCGUUCUUAAUCUUACCGAAAAACGUCAAGUUCACGCUGUCGGAUGCCUCCAAGCUGAUUUCCGCACCCCUCCCCAAGCUCGAAUCGGCGUUGAGGGAUGCCGAAGGCGGGGGACUAGAGAGAGCUUUACUGGAAGUUAUCGUUAGCAUGACAGUCACAAGCAGGGAAGGGGCUAGGAGGUUUAGCUGCAAAACUCUUCUGGCGGCGCAGAUUCCCGAGGACGAAGUGCUCAAGGCGUGCGAUUCGGCCAUGGCAUACCUGCUAAAGCACAACUUCGUCGUCCAACGAGGAGGCGACAGCGUGGAGGGGUGCGCGGACUACGACGUAGCUCCCACGCAGCUUGGAAGGGCAACCUUCUUUUCGGGCCUGUCCCCCUCGGCAGCGGUGGACGUGUUCGAAAGCCUCGACAAAGCGUGCCAGAACUUCGCUGUGGCGAGCGAUCUCCACGCCCUCGUCCUCGUAACGCCUCUGGACGGCAUCGAGCCUAACUGGGGUCGAUUCCGAGAGGAGUACUUGGCGUGCAGCACUGACGAUCCCGUUCGCGUGGUGGGGGAGUUGAUUGGCGUCGAGCUAGGGGUGCUCGUGGGUGCAGCUGGAAACACUGCGCCCAAGUACGGGCAAAGGAGUUAUGAAGUGUCCCGCGGGUCCAACCAUCACCGGAUGGUGGACUUGCAGCCCUACCGUAGACUCUACGGCGCGAUGCUUCUCCAGCAGGCAGUAGAGGAAGUGCCUGUCCGCAACAUGGCCGGAAGGUUGGGUAUCGAGAGGGGGGCUCUGCAGGCGUUGCAAAAGGAAGCGUCGGUGUUUUGCGGCAUGGUGGUCUGCUUUUGCCGGCAUCUUCAGUGGCACGAGCUGGCCAACGUCCUCUACAGCUUCCAGGACCGUCUUGGCUACAGCGCAAAGCCCGAGCUCCUUCCCCUUGUCCGCCUCAGCCGCGACCUGCCGCCUUUUCGUGCGAGGGCUCUGCUCAAAGCCGGCUACCCGUCUCCGCUAGAACUUGCCACCGCGGAUGCUUCUCGCGUGGCUGACGUGCUGCUGCGCUGUGCCCCGUUCCGCAGCGCCGGGUGGGACGAGUCUGUGGAGCGGUACCGAGCGAAGCAGGCCAGCCGCCUCGCUCAGAACGUCAUCCACCUAGCGAGUGCCGAAGUUAUGCGCCAAAUUCACCGCCGGCUAGCGAGCACCACCACCACACCAUAA